AUGGAUAACCUUAACCUGGUAAAAAGCAAAUAUAAAUUCAAUUAUGAAUUUAAAGAAGAGCAAAAAAUUAUUUUUAAUAGUGUUGCUCUUGAAAAUAUGCACACAUUUGGUGUUCUACCAACUGGUUUUGGGAAAAGCGACUGCUUUGUUGUACCUCAGCUAUUAGUGGAUGAGGAUAAUUCUUCUUUAUUGAAUUUAUUAGAUGUACCCAGAAAAAAAUCCACACAUCGGUUUGGUGAUUUCCCCAUUGAGGAGUCUAAUGCUCAAUCAGAUGACAAUAUGGAGAGAGCGGGGAGUGAAGGCUAUAUCAUUGAAGGACAGUACAGUGUGGUAUUUUGCUCCCCGGAGUCAAUUGUACGAGAUCCCUGGAGGACAAUGUUGGGCAAUGCCCAUUACAAAGAAAGAUUAUGUCUUUUGGCAUGUGAUGAGGCACAUUGUAUUGUGGAAUGGGGUGAUGAUUUCAGGCCUAGUUACAAGCAAGUUACUGUGCUUCGUAGCCUUACAACUUGCCCAAUACUAGUCUUGACAGCAACUGCAACAGAGUCUAUGAGACAGAAUAUUUUGUCAACUUUACUGUUGGAUGAGGAGGAGGUGAAGACUGUUGCCAUUGUUCCUGACAGGACCAUGACACAAGUGGCAGACAUCUACGAAUUUGUCAUGACUGAAUUAGGUGAUAAAGCUUGGUCUGGUGACAGCCACAUCAUAGAUAAUCGUCUUGUUGACAUGUUCCACUCAUCCAUUGAUGCCGAUACAGAAAAAAAAAAUAGUCAGUGUUUUUCCACAAACAGAUAG